AUGCUCCUCGGUCGUUCGCUCACCUAUGUCUUAUCGGCCUUCUCCAUCGGAAACGGCAAGGAGAACCUGGACAAACCGCAAGAAAAUGGCAUCACCUGGGUGACGAGGAACUGGCAAGUCAACCGUGACCAGCCUUUUACCAUCGAAUGGGAUGGCCACGAAGGGCCAGUCUCCGUGACUCUUGUGAGACGAGCCGAAGACAAAUGGCAAUCUCUGUGGAAAGUAGCAUCCGGCAACACAGAGAGUUCUCUCGUUUUCCGAGUACCGGAACAUCUCUCCGAAAUCCUUGGCGACUCCGAGUACGCCUUUCAAAUCAAUGAUACAUCAGGAAAGUCGGCAAUAUCACCUAGAUGGACUGUCGAGGCUCGUCAGGCACAAGGCUCUGGGAUAAUCGCGCAACCAGACCCAGCCCAGACUAGCAGCUCAGAGAACAACCAACCGACAAGUUCCAGCAAUGACGAUGUCACUCAGACUUCGGAUAGCGGGACUCCACAAAGAACUGUAUCAAACGGCAACAACCAAGAUUCCGACUCAAACUCGGGGAAUUCAGGUUCCGACUCAAAUUCUAGCAGCGGCAACGACUCUAGUAGCAACAACUCUUCGAGCUCUUCGUCCUCAAAAGGUCUCAAAGCGGGUGCCAAAGCUGGCAUCGGCAUCGGUGCUGCUGUUGGUGCUGCCCUUGUUGCCGGUCUCAUUUGGCUUUUCAUAAAGAAGAACAGAGAGAUCAAGGCCUUAAAGGCGGCUGCUGCUGCAUCAACACCAGGAGACAAUGCUGGAUUGGAAGUGGCAAAAGAGCCGCAACAGCAAACGCAUCAAGGCGGAUAUGCGUACGACUCGACAUACCAGGGCGGUCAAGGCCCUGUAGAGUUGCCAUCACAGCACAAUCAAUUUCCACCGCCUGUCAGCGAGCUACAUGACCAAUCACGGCCGGCUGAGCUGGCCUAUUCCGGGCCAACGGUACCUGAGCUGCCAGCGAAGCGGGACGGGCAGUAA